GCGUCCGCAGCUUGCUCGGCUGCUCCGGAUAGCCUUGCGCGGCGGCUUUUCCCUCUGAUCUCCAGCGAGGCUCUCUCUCUCUCUCUCUCUCUCUCUCUCUCGCUCUUUUUUUUUUUUCCCCCCCCCCCCCCCUUCAUGUCUGCCUCUCACCCGGGCGAAACGCGUCGCGCGCCGCGUCCAGCCAAUCCUCGCUUUCCCGCGCGGCGCUUCCUCCCGCUGCCUUCAACCUGAGCGCGGCUUCGCUGCUCCCUCGACCGAGGGCACCCAGGGCCCCGCGCAACCCGGUGGUGGUGGUGGUGGUGUGUGUGUGUGUGUGUGGAGAGACUUGAACCACCCGCCGGCCGAGGAGCCCCGGGAGGAGUGGGCGAAAGGGAAGCGUGGAAGCGGCUCCUCGCGCCCUGCGGCUCGGGCUCCUUUCCCCGUAGCCGUAGCGGCUGCUCAAAGUUUGCGGGGCUCGCUCGAGGAGGUCUGCGUGGCGCCUAGACGCGCGCGGGUGGGGUCUCGGGGAAGGCACUUCGCGCUGGAGGGCUCCGCUCGGCGCCUCUUGGAAGAAGAAGAAGAGGAGGAGGAAGAAGAGGAGGAGGAGAAGAAGAGGAACCGGUCUUGGGGAUUUAUUUUUUCCAGUGGAUUUGGCGUCUCUCCCUGUUUUUGCAAAGCGAGCGGGUCGGGUCUUUUGGGGGGAGCCGGGUUUUUCUCGCGGAAAGAAAUUUGGGGAGCACCAUGGUGGCCGGGAUGGGGGCGCUGCUUUGGGCUCCCCUCGGGCUGUUGCUGUCACUUCGGGCCGGAGCCGCUGACGUGAAAGCGCGGAGCUGCGGCGAGGUGCGGGAGGCGUACAAAACGAAAGGCUUCAGCCUGGUGAACAUCCCCUAUCAGGAAAUCGCAGGGGAACACUUGAGAAUCUGCCCUCAGGAAUACACAUGUUGCACUUCAGAAAUGGAAGACAAACUAAGCCAGCAAAGCAAACUGGAAUUCGAGAAUCUGAUGGACAAGACAAGCCAUUUUGUCCGCACCACAUUUGUAUCGAGGCACAAGAAAUUUGAUGAAUUUUUCCGAGAGCUCCUGGAGAACGCAGAACGAUCCUUAAAUGAUAUGUUUGUUCGAACAUACGGCAUGCUGUACAUGCAGAAUUCAGAAGUAUUCCAGGACCUCUUUAUAGAACUGAAACGAUAUUACACAGGAGGCAAUGUCAACCUGGAGGAGAUGUUGAAUGACUUCUGGGCCCGUCUAUUAGAGCGAAUGUUCCAGCUCAUAAAUCCCCACUAUCAUUUCUCUGAGGACUAUCUAGAAUGCGUGAGCAAAUACACAGACCAGCUUAAGCCUUUCGGAGAUGUACCCAGGAAACUCAAGGUUCAGGUGACGAGAGCUUUCAUCGCGGCAAGGACCUUUGUUCAGGGACUGACGGUGGGCAGAGAAGUUGCUAACAGGGUAUCUAAGGUGAGUCCCACCCCAGGAUGCAUCCGGGCAUUAAUGAAGAUGCUGUACUGCCCUUAUUGCCGAGGACUGCCCACUGUGAAACCUUGCAAUAACUACUGCCUCAAUGUAAUGAAGGGCUGCCUUGCAAACCAAGCAGAUCUGGAUACCGAAUGGAAUCUCUUCGUAGAUGCCAUGCUUUUGGUAGCAGACAGACUAGAGGGACCAUUCAACAUUGAGUCAGUUAUGGAUCCCAUUGAUGUCAAAAUUUCUGAAGCCAUUAUGAACAUGCAAGAAAACAGUGUGCAUGUGACUGGAAAGGUUUUCCAAGGGUGUGGACAGCCUAAACCAGCUCCAGGCGUAAGAUCGUCUCGAUCCAUUCCUGAAAACUUCAGUGCUCGCUUUCGACCUUAUAACCCAGAAGAAAGACCAACAACUGCUGCUGGCACCAGCUUGGACAGGCUGAGGACUAUCUGGAGGACAAUGCAACAUGGUGUAAUUGACAUUAAAGAAAAACUAAAGCUUUCCAAAAAGUUCUGGUCUACAUUACCGUACACCAUCUGCAAGGAAGAAACAGUGACUGCUGGCAUGUCAAAUGAAGAGGAUUGCUGGAAUGGACACACCAAAGCUAAGUAUCUACCUGAGAUCAUGAAUGAUGGACUCACCAAUCAGAUAAACAAUCCUGAGGUUGAUGUGGACAUCACCCGGCCUGAUACCUACAUAAGACAGCAAAUUAUGGCACUAAGAGUAAUGACCAACAAACUAAAAAAUGCAUACAAUGGGAAUGAUGUGAACUUUCAGGACACAAGUAAGACAUUAUGUGAAGAAGCCAGUGGCUCCGGUAGUGGAAGCGGCUGUACAGAUGACAUUUGUCCAACAGAAUUUGAAUUCAUCACCACAGAAACUCCUCUCAUUGACUCAGACAGGAGGGAAGUGGACUCUUCAGCCAACCAGCCCAGCCCAUCUGUCUUCACAGGCUUCCUCCUUCUUACAGUCUUUCUCCUGCAAAGACACUGCAGAUAAUCCUGGCUCCGGUCAGCCCUGACUGCCUUUUAGCUAUUGAAAAAGAACAGAACAGCCAAUUUGCUCCUUUUCUGAUGCCCUCAGACAAUGGACCAGACCACCAACCCUUACGGUUUUCUACCAGAAAGAAGCGGCUCUGCCUCCUGCCCAGUUUGGCACUUUCACGGAGAGUGCUGAGGCCUAGAAGAGCCUCUUCUGGUUUCCAUCUGGGGAAGGCAAUGUCUGCUUCUCAGCGAUCUCUUCUCUCACACUUUUAUUCCAGAAGACUUUUCAGAAUAUGAUUUGCUUUUAUGCUUCAGAAAGAAAGAAAAAAAGAAAGAAAAUGGGGUGGGGGGGAAUUUAGGGGACCCAACAUGGGCUUUUAUUUUUAUUUCUUUUUUUCCCAUUAGAAAGAAAAAGAGAACGGGAAGAAGAAACACAUUGAAAAUAAAGCUAUUCCAAGGCCGAAUAAUAAGCACGUACAUAUGCACACACACAGGAAAGCAAAGCCUUCUUAUCUAGGACACUUCUGUAUUGCACUUCAAAUCACCAAAAUGAUGUUAGUCACUGAGAGAAUAUCUUGGAGUUUGGUGCUUUGUUUUGGUUUUGUAACACAGGUAUAAACUAUGUUUAUUCUUAACUGUCAAUGGAAGAGUUGACGGAGAGGUUUGAAGCAAAAAUAGGACACUUUCUGAGAACGAGAAUAGCACCUUCCUGUCCCUUUGCUCUCACCAGUUGGUGUUUGCCAACUAAGGUUUUUGUUGCAGUUGGUUUGACCCAUGUUACAGCAUGGGCACAGGAAUGCCCUAUGGGGGCAUCUGCAGGACGGUGUCAAAACAAAUCAAAAUGAUUAUGUAAUUGAAGCCACUCCUCUUUUUAGAGGCCUACUGUCUUCAUGGAUUGCACAUAAAAAGGGGUGGGGCUUCAAUCAUAUGCCAAUCUUGGCAUUUUUAACAAACCUCUGCAGCCCCCCACCCCUUUUCCCCUAUUACCACCCAUCUGCAGCAUUUUUUUUAACAAUUCUUGAAUUUAAAACAUUAGACAGACCGUCCAUCCUACACACACACAAAUCUCUUAUGAUAUAUGAUAAUCUUUCUUUCUCGCUUUCACUUUUGAUCUCGAAAAGAAUUUUCUGAACCCGUGCUAUUCGACAUACCCAAAUGGCCAACUUAAAAGCAGCCAACAAUAGUAAUUGGAUCAAUAACUUUUCAAAGAAAGGACUUUCUUCCUAUUGUUUAUUGUAUCAAAAGGGAAUUCUCUUGCUGAACUAUUGACACGCCUACAUGUGCACGCACUCACACAAAUAUCUCUCUAUAUACAUAUAUAAUAUAUAUAUAGUACUGACACUCCGAAUUUAUUUCACUUUUUUAGUCUUAGUACGGCCAUCUAUUUUUAUAUAUAUGAAUAUAAAUAUAAAUAUAUAUAUAAAAAUCACAGAUUUUAACUUCUUAAUUACAAGCUCAGGGUUGACACAUCUUUGUAGGGGGAAAAUGUUUUGUCAACCAGCUUUUUGUGUGUAUGUGUUGCUUGGGUAAAUGUCAUCCUUUCAUUAUUGACAAGUGCAAAAGUCAAACAGGAGACUUUUGACUGCAUUUGGGAAUUAGAAACUCUGCCCAUUUCUUUAUAGCAGGAAUACGCAAUCAUAUAUUUUUUUCAGGUCCGCAAUCUACAUUUGGUCUUCGAAUGGUAUGAUGUCAUGGAACGGCAUACAUGGAGGACAAAUAAUAACAGUAACCGAGUUGGAAGGGACCGUGGAGGUCAUCUAGUCCAACCCCCCUCCUCACGCAGAAGACCUAUACUAGGGAUUCAAACCGCCGAACUGCCGACCUUUCUGAUCGACAAGCUCAGCGUCUUAGCCACUGAGCCACCUAGCCAGGUGCAGCCCAGUGGGGGAAAAAUAGUUUUAAUCACAUUUUCAUUAAAAUAAGUUAAUUAAAUACAAUUCAAGUACAGGGAGUCCUUGCUUAGCAUCUGCCUUGUACAGCAACUGCUGUUACUCUGAUGAAAAUGUAACAUUGCAAUUAAUUCUCCUAUUUAUCAUCUUCCCAGGUCUGUAAAGCAAAGGAAGUUGGAAUAAGAUCAUAAGAGCAAUUGCAGUUUCACUUAGCGAUCAUUUCACUCAAUUGCCAGUCUCAGUUGUGGACACUAAACUAGAAUUACCUCUAUAUUCCCCAUACAUUUGAUAAUUUCCACUUUUGGUCCUGUUAAGGUAUCAAUCUGGAGUAAUUUUGAAGACUCUCGGAAGGUCCUGUCCAAUAUUUGUGGGUUUGCAUAAGUUCCACAUGGACAGGGAAGCUGUCCAAAAAGUCAAGUAUGCUUUUUUGUGAUAUCACAUGCACAAUUCAUGCAAAAAAAGGGGGGGGAGUUGGACAACACGGUUGCAAUCACUACCUUGAUUUUUUUGACAAACUGUCCACAGAAGCCCCUUGCAGGGCUAACUCCAAACUCACACAUUUGUGAAAAUCUGUGGGAUACAGACAUGAGAAUAUGUAGAACAGCUUGAUUUGGUAAUGAUGAUUGUACUUUUAUGUGCUUUCCUUUAAAGUUAAUUAACUGCAAAAGACUUAAAAUAUCUGCAGGUUGCGUCUGGAUAAAAGGAUCUGUAAUCUACUCUUAUGUGAUCCUGAUGGGCAUAUUUCAGGUUUGUUCCAUGAGAUCCAUUAGCCAAACCACUUAGAGAUGCACUUUGAUUUCAAGAACCCUGAAGUGGGAAUUUCUUUAAAUAAUCAGAAUUGUACUGGUCUCAUUUCCAUUCUACUCAAAAUUUCACUCUAGGCUCCUCCCGGCUUUCUUCCUUUGGGCAAUAGAAUCUAUAGCGGAGGUAAGGAGCGAUGUAAUUGCUACAUUCCAAACAUUUGGGAAUUAGAAACCAGUCUCUUGUAAACCUCCUAGGGAAUAAUUAGUAAGUCCACAGCUGAUUUCUGCCCAGCCUGCCAUACAAGAGAACAAAAACCCUGCCACAGUCCAUGACCUUCAGCUCUUCAAAAGCUGUACCCUCUAGUCAAGCUAGACAUCACAAAGUUUUCUAGGGAAAAGAGACAGAAGUAGUUUGCCAUUGUUCUCCUCUGUGCUGUCCUUGUUACAGUCCUGUGGCCAUGGUGAUCUUCCAUCUGAGUUCUAAUCAGGGCCAGCCACACAAAGUUUCUGAUUUCAGACCAGCGGCAGCCACUUGUGAAGACUUUUUGAGAGGUUGGUUCUGGAGAGAAAAUGUCAAUCAACGUAGCUGUCUUAAAUUCUGCUGACUGUGAAAUUCUGGGAGUUGAAGUCCGUAGAUCUUAAAAUAAGUGAAACGCUGAUCUAAAAGAUGCUGAAAGUCAAUUGUGGGGGAAAUAAUUGCAAACAUGUGGAAUCUGCCCAUUGUAGCACCUCCUAUUCACAUUUGUACAGAUGAUUUGUUGACAUUUUCUGAACAGGUGUCUCCUCUGAUUAAUUAGCCACAUUCCCUUUUCCUCAAGAUUAAGGAAAAAAUUAAGUUUCCACAUUCCAAGAUUUCUUGCAAUACUUUUCGUUUUCUGAUGUUACCCAAUUUUAUUUAUAUAUAUGCCUUCCUCAAGCUAUUAUGUCCUGAAAUGCAGCUCUUCUGAUUCCCAGCAGGCAUAUUAAACAUGUCUGAAAAAUAGCUGCUUGAACAGCUGUUUUUAUAUUGAUUUAACAUUAAAGUUGAACACCUGGAAGGUGGGGUGUGAGGAAGUGCUCCAGUUUGGAUCGAUCCUGAGCUGUAUCUGGUUAUGCAGUUAUGUGGUUACUCUUUGUACCCCAAGUACCAUUCUGUCCUCAUUGUCACUGAUGCUUCUUAAUUGGGGUCCAGAUAUGCCUAAAUGGCUGUUGCAUCUUUCCAAUAACAAAGAUUUGGCCCAAAUUUGAACAAAACGUGUGAUCUCAUUGUAUCUCACUUGGUUUCCCAUGGCUGAUUUAACUUCUCAAAAUGAAUAUUUGACUCUGAGCAAGAUCAGCUCUGAUGAAAAUGCAGAGGGCUAUGCAGUAAUCAUGAUUCCAUCUCCAAAACCAGAGCUGAUGCUGACGGAUGUUGUUAAAUAACACCAAACUCAGAUAGCAUGUCUCAUUUAAUCGUCUUGACUGUGUGAAUUACCAUGUGAGUUAAAAUCAGGAAUGAAUUUGUCCCAUAAUAUUUCUGUUUACUUCUUCACAGUAGGUAUCAUGACUGCUUUGUGUAAGAUGUGCACAAGGCUCUCAAAUACCCCUUUAGAGGUUACAAUUGUCUUUUUUCGCAUAUGUCACAUUGCCUUGGAAUGUGAAAGAGCUAUUAAAUCUACCAAGUGUGUUGAAUUUCAGAAUUAGGAAAUAAAAAUGUAAAAACUUGGUGCUUCUUAAACACAAGUAUUCUA